AUGGCCGCGGUCUUCAAGGUUCUUGGGCGCCGGAGAGUCAGGGGCAGGGUCCCAGUCUUUCCUAACGACGAGCCGCCUUUGGGCUGCCAGGGUCCUGAGCUGCCUGUGGCGGCCUCUUGUCCGCCUAAGCCCUCGGAUCAGCGUUGGGCCCUGAGGGCGGCCGGGAGGCACCUGGCGCGAUUCCUCGUCAUCCCCGGCUCAGUCGAGGGCCUUUACUCCCGUGUGUCUCCUCACAUUUCUCACCCCACAAGGGCGCUCCCUUGCGAACGAUUCUGUUCUCUGCGAACCGGGCUCCGGUGUCGGGGCUCCAGGCCGGCCCCCACACCUUCCCUCGAAGCCCGGGAACUCAGUCCUGGGCACAGCCAGGGCGGGAGCAGUUCCCGGAAGCUAGGCCCACAUCCGGGCACGAAGCCUCGCUCGCGGAGUUGGCUUCCGGGCGCUCGACGCAAGUGUGUCGCUGCGCGCGGUGAGACCCCCUGGCCGAGGGAUCCGCGCGCCGGGGCCUCGUCGGAGGGCAGGGGUCGCGCUCUCGCGGGCGCUGGGGGUCCCCAGCCCGCGAGCUGGGCCUGUGCGGGCUUAGGGUUUAAGGAAGACGGACUCGACCGGCGAGUGGCGCACGCGGCGAGAACCCCAGGCCCACGCUGUCGGUCAGCGCUGGCGGUUUGUGUCCCGGGGUCGGCGCAGCAAGCUUCCUGGGAAUGGGCCCGGAGCGGACAGGGAUUGAGAAACGGAAAUACCACCACCCUCCAGCCAAACUUGUGAGGACUGAUUGCAGGGAAACUGGUGCUCCAGAUGUUGCACUAGAGGCGCUGCAAGUGUGAGCAGGUGGCAUUGGGCCUGCAUCACAGGUUGUAGCAGAUGUUCUCAACAUUUCUAUCGAGACUUCCUUAUAUCCACUUGCAAGAGGAGCCCAGGAGCCUCAUCCCUGUGGUAGCUACCAUUCUCUGAUAUAAGCUGUUGUUCACCAGGGAGCUUUGGCAAGAGAAUUGGCCAGAUCAGCGAGUUCAUCUCCCUUGGGGAAAAACAACUUGAAGCUCAUCUCUGUUGAAGG